CACGUGACCCGGCGACGUCCAAUCGCGUCCGGAGGAGGUAAAGCGUGGCGCGUUCUCGUGGCGGCUGGGUAGGACAGGCGGUUGUUAACAGCGCAUCUUGUGUAAAUUAAACACAAAUCCAUCUUUUUUUGUGCAAAAUGUCUGAGGAUAAGCCCAAGGAGGGAGUGAAGACCGAGAACGACCACAUCAACCUGAAGGUGGCCGGACAGGACGGCUCUGUGGUCCAGUUUAAAAUCAAGAGACACACGCCGCUCAGCAAGUUAAUGAAAGCGUAUUGCGAAAGACAGGGUUUGUCGAUAAGACAGAUUAGGUUUAGGUUUGACGGACAGCCGAUAAACGAGACGGAUACACCAGCACAGUUGGAGAUGGAAGACGAGGACACUAUCGACGUAUUUCAACAACAAACGGGCGGCCAUCGCUAGAGCCUCUCCUCCACACAGCGGGGUUCUCCCUCGGCUGUUUUAUUUGACUCGAUCCCCACAAUGUUUAACUGUGCUGUUUAUUUACUCCCCUUUGUCGUGUUGUUUUGGACGUCCUCCCUAAUUUUCAUAGGGUUGGGCUCAUAAUCUUUGUUUUUUGUUUUUUUGCCCCUCCACCCACAUUCUCUGCCAAUAUUUAAUGCUACCUGAGGUAAUGUGGCUAAAAGGCGAAUCCAAGAUGUCUGCCGUAAGGUUCAAAAUGGCUGCCGAUGUAUGAACAGAAGGCCCAUUUUCUUGAGAAAGCCAAGCCCUCAGUUUCCUGUUCUGAUAAAUAAAAUGGUUUGUUUCCUUCAUCAUUAUGAAACCUGCCAAAUUAUGAGGAGACCUGAUUUUUUUUAUUUUUUUUUUCUUCUUCUUCUUUCCUCUUUCAUUUUUCUCUGUCUUGUGCAUCUUUAAUUCUAUUUUUAAUCCACGCCAUGUUUGUUAGCUGAAAGGAUGCCCAGCCAGCCUUAUUUGGUCCAACUGCAGAGAUCAAAGGGAACUUGGAUCUCUUCUCAGACCAAACCCCACGUAUGUCCUGGAUUAGUCCAGGUUUUUAUUAUAAAUCUCAAGUCCCUGUUUUCCCUCUCGUCAUCUUUCAAAGGCAACAAGUUGUCAGACGGUCGUCUGUCUGCUAUGCGACAGACAUUUGUCGACCCAAAGAGGAAGAGUCUUACCGGUCCCUCGUAUAGUCCGGUGUGCAUAAGGGUUGCAACUGAAUCAGCAUCUGUGUGGUCUCAUUAUUUUUUUUCUGUACUGAUUUGUACAUUAUUUGUUGUCCUUUACUACUGUAUACAAUAAAUAUAGUUUGGUACUCAAA